AUGACUGUACAGGAUGCAGUGAGCAAAAUCAAGAGCAAGGAUGAGCCUAGGCAGGCGACGGAUGGGGGAGGCCACGUCCGUCAAAUCAAGUGGGUCACUGAUGCUAUUCCACAAUUCAGAUUCUGUCGCAUUACGUUCCAAGUCAUUGGCAUUGUGCCUAAGCGAAAUCUGGCGACGGCGUUUCGAGCUGCUGAUAUCCAUGGAUUGAGCGAUAGCUCGGGGGUGGAGUAUGAGGAGCAAAAUUUGGAAAAACAGAAUUCUUCAUUAAUCGACUAG